AUGUUUAGAUGUUUGAGUUAUUCCCGGCCGGUUGGAAUCUCGGGGGCUUUUCGAGGUGUACACGGCAUACAAGGCAAAAACAGCGUACACCCCACUCGCUGGAGAAUAGCACCAUUCAGAUCAAUCCACUCACAGACACCACCAACACCCACGCACACGCCAAAACCCACACUCACCCACCCUAGCGCCUCAAAAUGGCUCUAUUCACUAUCGGCGUUGAUAGCGGGGAUCGUUGUUGUCGGUGGCGUCACCCGGCUUACGGAGAGUGGAUUGAGUAUCACAGAAUGGAAGCCCAUCACAGGCGUAACGCUGCCACGCGGGGAGGAUUGGCAGGCUGAGUUUGACAAGUACAAGCAGACGCCUGAGUAUAGAAUGCUCAACAGCCGCAUAUCCCUCGAGGAUUUCAAGCGGAUCUACGUGAUGGAAUGGGCGCACAGGGUAUUCGGGAGGGCGAUAGGUGUUGCGUUUAUCCUUCCAGCGGGGUACUUGGUCGCGCGUCGGCAGCUAUCCCGCGGGAUGCGCUGGGCAGUCGGUGGCUUGGGGCUUGGCAUAGCUUUCCAGGGCUUCCUCGGGUGGUAUAUGGUGGAGAGUGGGCUGAAGGAGGAGAACUUCGCGCACGCUGGCGCCACUCCCCGCGUCAGCCAGCACCGCCUCGCUGCGCAUCUGGGUGCAGCACUCGCGCUCUAUGUAGCCACGCUCUAUGCGGGGCUGGCAUCGGCGCGUGACUGGGCCGUUGGUGGGGGUGGUAGUGUGAGCGGGGUGCACCAGCCAGAGAAGGUGCUUGGCAAGAGUGCGACUCGACCACUGAGGCAGUUCAGGGUACUCGCGCGCACAGGUUUGGGUGUAGUUUUCCUCACGGCACUUUCGGGUGCGUUCGUUGCCGGGCUCGAUGCGGGGCUUAUCUACAACGAGUUCCCGUGGAUGGGUGAGGGCGUGUCGCCACCGUGGAACGAGGUCUGGGAUAAACGCUAUUCGCGGCGAGCAGACGGAGCUGAUUUGUGGUGGCGCAACAUGACGGAAAACCCUUCGACGGCGCAGAUGGACCAUCGCAUACUCGCCACUACCACCCUCAUUGGCACAUUGGCCAUGCACGCACUGGCAUUGCGCAGCCCAGGUGUGAAGAAGAGCUUGCCACCUCUCACUAAAACACUACUCAAUGUUACGUCAGGCACUGUGGUUUUGCAGGCUUCCUUAGGCAUAAGCACUCUCCUCUACCUCGUUCCUAUUCCCCUCGCUGCGGCUCAUCAGGCUGGCUCUGUCGCCCUGCUUAGCGCGUACGUCGCCCUUGUCGCGUCGUUGCGCAGACCCGGGAUGGCGGCGAGAGUCAGAGCGCAGUGGGAGAAGGGCCUCCUGCAAGCGCAAUCGCAAAGGAAGAUAAACACAACAGUACAAUAG